GUCUGCGGAGCCCAUUGACUGUACCGGGCCCCUACUCCACACCAUUUGGGAUGAUGGCACAUGCAGGAAUAAACGGGGAGUUGCCCAGCCCAGGGGCCUACGCAAGUCUCCACAUCUCGCCACAAAUGAGUACUGCAGCAGUGUAUGGCCGCUCACCAAUGGUUGCCUUUGAGUCACAUCCUCAUAUGCGUGCUUCAGGACUUCCUCCUAGCCUGCCCACCAUUCCUGGGGGAAAACCAGCCUACUCCUUCCACGUCAGUGCCGACAGUCAGAUGCAGCCUGUCCCUUUCCCUCACGAUGCUUUGGUUGGACCAGGGAUACCCCGGCACGCUCGGCAGAUCAACAACCUGAAUCACGGUGAGGUGGUGUGUGCUGUUACUGUCAGCAACCCCAUGAGGCACGUUUACACGGGAGGGAAAGGGUGCGUGAAGGUCUGGGACAUCAGCCAACCUGGAAGCAAGAGCCCUGUCUCUCAGCUCGACUGCCUG